CUUAUGAUCGGGCUUCAUUAAGGCAUAGGCUUUGAACACGAGUUCCACUGUUCGCUGCUGGUCCUGCCUCCCUCUUCUGAGGUGUCUCUACUAUAUAUAUUACACGCAAACUGUUGAAAGGGUGUCAGGGCGCUAAGUAUCUACCGCAUACAUAAGUCUGCGCAGUCUGACGUAAACCACUUCGGAAGUGCUGCUAGGAUGUUCCUACGGAGUUGCUUUAGAGGCACACCUAAUCAUGGGCUGCCACAGACGGACGGAAGCAGCGAUGCGCUUGGAACACAGCGAAAGCAUUCACGCACCACAACUCCUACCGUCGACGGCGACUCGAACUCGCUCAGCUCGGAAGAAGCGAAGGAGCCGUACGCGGACAUCACUGGGGCAAGCAGCCAGCUGGACACGGACAACAUGAUGACUUUAACGACGACUGUGGCUCCGGCUCAGGUCGAGUCAGACGCGGCGGCGUCCGCUCCUGCCACCACGAACCCGACCUCCUCCGCGCCGGCCAUCACUGCCGACGACGAAAGCCCAGCCCUCCCAGCCCGCAGCCCGGUCACGACGCCAGCGCCGCCCUCCACCGCCGUGGAGGUCGCGGCUGAGCCCACAGCACUGCCACCCAUGGAGGCCCGAACGAGUAACACCCCCAGCGACCAAGGCGCGGCGGCCCCGCCCCCGCUCAACUCCGGCCCCAGCACUCCCGUGUCCAGUCGCAUUGGCGGCACCGCUACAGGCAGCGCGGCAAUGCGCCACCAGCUGAUGGCGUCGCGCUACAAGGACCUGCAAGUGGAGCAUGUCGCCGAGUGCUGCGCGUCCACAAUCCUUGAGGGGCUCAGCCUGUCGCAGCAGCAGCUCGGGCGCGGGAGCUUCGGCAUCGUGAUGUCAGGCACCUACCACAGCCUGCCCUGUGCGGUGAAGAUCAUGAUUGCAAACAGCCUGGACAAGUCGGCGCUCAGCGAGCUGGUGCUGGCCCCGCAGAUCUCUCACUCGAACGUGGUUCAGACCUUUACCAGCCGCACCGCCCGCCUCACGCACGAGUUCUUUGACCUGCUGGAGGGCGGCGACUGCACGCGGCCCUCGCCGCCGCCGCGCGACCCCACCAAGCCGCGCCUGCUGCAGCCCAGCCCGCUCAUGUCCAUGGACGGGUUUGGCGACCCCGGCUGCGGCAUUGUCAGCGUGAACAACCCGUACACGGUGCUGCACUCGCUGCUGUACGAAUUCAAGGCCACCACCAACCAGUUCAUGGUCAUUGUAGUGCAGGAGCUGUGCAACAAGACCACGCUGCACAACGCCAUCCGCCGCGGCAUCUUCAAGCCCAGCGCGCAAUGGACUGUGCGCCUGGCCCGGCGCGCGCUGCUGCGCACCGCCGCGGAAGUGGCGCGAGGGCUGCUGCACCUGCACGACACGGGUGUGGUGCACGGCGACAUCAAGCCACAGAACGUGCUGCUCGCCAGCAGUCGAGAUGACCGCCGCGGCUUCAAGGCCAAGGUGGCGGACUUUGGCCUGGCACACGUGCUGCCACUCGCCACCAACAGCCUCCACACCGAGACCACUGGAUCCCCCGCGUACAUGGCUCCCGAGGCGUUCCGCGGCAACGUCAGCCGCGCCUCGGACGUGUGGUCGCUGGGCGUGUGCAUCCACGAGAUGCUCACCGGGCAGCGGCCCUUCGCCGACCUGCCGGACGGCCCCGACGUGCUGGAUGCCAUACGCGAGGGCCGCGUGCAGCUGACGUGGCCGCAGGGCAUGGAGAUGGCGGAUGCGAUUGUUGCCUUGGGCAAGCGCUGCCUGAACCUGGACCCCGCGCAGCGCCCGCCGCUCGCUGAGGUCAUCGAGGAACUCGUCAACUACGAACGCGCCAUUCGCGUCGAGCUGCUUGCGCCGAUUGCGGUGGAGCGGGUGGCGGCGGAGAUGGCGGCGGAGGCGGGGGCCCUGGCGGGUCUGUCGCAGCAGCAGCGUCAGGAGAUGGCCCGAGCCCGGCUGGCGGACCUUCUGGGCACUGGCGACUCCCUGGCAGCGGAUGAGGCCGCACAGCAACAGGCGCCGGGCGCAUGAGAGCUGCGGCGUGAUUACCGUAUUUUGGACAGCACCAAGCCGUGUGUCAUGAGGAGGAUGAAAUGUGCUUGAUUUAUCCGGGGCGCGCCUGUCGGGGCGGGUGCUUGGAUGCUGGGCUACUGAAAGUCAGUAUAUAUGUACUGCUCGUAAGGCCAUUGCGGCCAGAAGUUUUAUUCAUGUAAUUGGAGGAUGCAGUUUGCAGUUGCUGUGCGGUUCUGAGGGAUUGUAUUUCCGCCGUAUGCCAUGCUGUGGCUUAGGCACCGCAGCCGGCUGUCAAAAUGACACACGGACGCAAGGACCCCGACUUGAAAGAAGGCGCGGCAAGCAAGCGAGCAUUUGGAUGUUGUCCUAUAGAAUGCUAUACCUGGACGGGCUAUGAGCACGGGGGUUGCUUCAUGAGUGCCUAAGCACAUACAGAGCUGUGUUGCGCGAGGACGGCGUAUGGGAGCUUAGGAAAGUGUUGUGGGGCGCCGCAACUGCCUCUCCAGUAUGAGGGUCGAGUGAGAAGACUGCUGUGCGGAUGGAAGUGUUGAAGCGGUGGCCAAUGUGCCGUGUUCGGAAUUUGUGCUGGGAUGCGGUGCUUGUCUGCAAGCGCUGAUGCGUCGGCGGUAUAAUGUCACUUAUCACGUGAUGGCUGCAUGGGUCGCUUGAUAGCCCGGUUCACCGUAGGUCAAACCCCGCCACGCUGUGGAGGUGUUACAAAAUCAUUUCUUUGAUAUGUUCGCGACAUGAGGAAGGGGUGCAAUGAGGUUCGGAGGUAGGCAGACUCUGGGCUCUGGGGCUCUGGGUCCAAGUAAAAGGGCACACAGGGUGCCGGGCAGCAAUGAUUAUUCAACCUCUUGGCUGCCUAUGCGGCAUUUGCAGGCAGCAAAUGUCAAGCCAACCAAUCACGUGGGUACCAGAACUGUUUUGUGCUUGUAUGAAUUGAAUUGUUUGUGUCCCGGCAACUAUGAGUAUGGAGUUACCUGCUGCCGCUGCACUUAUACGGCUUGGUUGUGUAUUACAGUGGAGUUGGUGAAAGCAAUGUGGGUGAGAGGGAUGUUGUCUAGCGUGUUGGCAGCAGCAGGCGGCUUGAGGUUGUGGCGUAAGCGCGCUUCUGCUAUAGGGGGCUAGGAUUGUGUGUGUGGAGGGGUCGGGGAUGUGUCAUGGAACUGACCGCACUGAGUUGCGCACGUGGUGGACGGGCAUGCAGUAUGCACGUGGUGGUCUACUGGGCGCGUGCCGGGAGGGCGGCAUGCUGCGGGACAGCAGGCUGCCAAAUGAUCACACGUACGCACACACACGCACGCUUCGUUUUGUUGUUCUUUAACACACGCACGCACACACAUCCGCAUGCAGAUAUACACACAGGCACGGGGAGUGACAUUGCGGGGACACUUGGGGGACGGAGAUAUCAAUUGGAGUGGUGCGUUCACAGUACUGAUCAACCGACUGGUGAUGCGGCAUGGGACUUUUGGGACGUGCUUGAGUGCUGUGCCGCAUUAGGGUGCAUGCUGCAGACAUUCUACAAACUAGGGCUUGUCCAAUCACAAUUUAUGUGGGGCAGCAUUUGCGCACUGCUGAUGGCGUUGGAUAUGGUAAGGCCUCUAUGCAUUGCGUGUACUCCCGGGUGCCGUAUAAUGUUGUGGUUGCAUGUGACCGGGUUGCAUUUCGGUAUCAUAGUUGCAAUAAGCUUGGCAAUAAAUCAAGGUCAUGUGGGGGCAGGCGCUGUCGCCCCGCCGUGCAUCCAGCUCAAAUAAUGUCAUGGCAAACGUGUGUCGAUGGCGCAGCCGUGCAAGACGCGGUGCAACCGCCCACGGGAAGUGGCGUAGGUGGCGUGCAGUUGCUUAUGCGCGGCGCGGAGCUUGCACGGCAAGCCUGAGCGCUCAAGGGCAGAAACAAACUGCCAUAGAUACAUGUAACUUGCGGAGUCU